AUGUUUGCAUUCUUUGAAUUCGCAUGCCUCGCCUUCGCUAUCAUCACCACUGCUGCACCCAGUGUGGUCGGUUCGGUCGCCCACAAGACGUUCCGAGCCGUCGCGACGGGCACUCGUCACGUGCGUCAUUACAUGCAGACCCGUGACCCGGCCGACUUGCAUGCCAUCGAGACCGCGCCGUCCACCGGCGCAUUCUCGGCCAGCGAGUCGGGCUCGCACUCCACCUCAAGUGAGACGUGCUGCGAGCACUCGAACCACAGUCAAGCUCAACAUGAUAGUGGUGGUCAUCCUCGUCAUGUCUUUGAGCGCUUGCCGCGACUUCCUCGCGAGCCCAUCAUGGCGUUGGAGGCGGAGAAUCCUUUCGCCAAUCCUAGGCCCGCCGUCGUUGCUGCACCGUAAGCUCCCUUUUCGCCGACUCGGUUUGAAAAGACUGCGUCCAUUUCCUAACCAACUAAUUUUUCCCCGAGGUGGGUCUUCAGGACUUUGUCUCAACUCAUCACCGAUAAGGCAUUUGGUGAACGUUUCCUGCUCGAGCGGGGCAUGCUGUCGGGCAUGUCGCGCGUGGAGAUGACGGUCGAGACCGCGGGGCUCUGCAUCUCGGGCAACCUUCGCGUCUUCGAUUUCAGAGCCGACGUUCACCAUCAGCUGUUUACCUGUCAGAACUUUGCGAGUGAGCGAAAAGCAGUCCCCUGUGCAUAUCUGUGUGGAGAUAGUUUGAACUGAACUCGAGCUUCACUGCUUCUUGCCCUCUGCAGCGGGCAAGAUUGUCAAAACGGGACUCGACAGCGGCAAGUAUGAGACUCGUCAAAGUCAUGGAUCAGGCCGUAAAAAGUACGUCAGAACCCAGGCCCAGCGUUGGGUCAGAUCGCUUGUUCGGUCGUUCAGCGAAUCGGUUAUUGGACGCAGGAACGCAAAGCAAAAUACGGACGAAGAGUGGGAAUCGCAUGGGGUGGAAGAUCGCAAUGUUGCGGUACGCUCAAACUUACCGGGUUCGCUCUCGUGGUUCACGGAGGAGUCUACGGGUUUACUGACCUAUCUUGGGAGCCCAUCACGCCCGCAGGCUGUCGUUCUCAUCUGUGGGUUCUCGCCGAGUCAGCUCGUGCUCAGCGAAGCUUUUGUCAACUUUUGGGCCAGGCAUGAAGCGAAGAACAUGAAGCCCGACACGCCUCAACUUUCAGCUUUGAGCGAUCAUGCCGCGCAGAUGUUUGGUGAGUCGAUUUUCUGGCUUUACCUCUGGCGUGUUCAAACCCCCGCCGCUGACUGUUCGUUAAACUACCGCUUGCGCGCCACUCCCAGGCCUGUUCUUCUCAUGGCAGCAUCUUUGGGGCGGCACCUUGAUACAUUCCGAGGCCGGAACCAAGCAUGAUCAACAAGAUACCGCCGCGAGCGCUCACGCCACGUCAAAAUUGAUGUGGUCCAAGGCCACAGUCGACGAAGAGACGAUGGACGAACAGACGAGCAAGCAGCUCGUCCGCACGUGUGCUUAUGUCCGAGAUGGUGGAUCGACGGCCAAUAUGGAGCAGUUCGAGGCCGGACUUGACUUGGAAAACAUCGUCCCGAGCUUGAUCGUAAGCCCUGCCCAUUACAAUUCCUUUGGUGAAAGCCCUGUAUCUCUAUCCGGAGAGCACUAACUCUGCUUUCUUUCCUUCCUUUACCUGGUUCGUGCAGGCCGCGAAGGACCUCUGGAGGGCGGUCAAGGCAGUCCUGGAAGAGAUGGGCUACAAUGACGACACCAAGUCGAUCUGGAAUAAUACGGCGUCUUUCUUUGCCUUCAAGCUCGCUCGUUAUGCGACUCCAAACGAGGACGCCACGCCCGAGGAAGAAGCGGUACGCUUGAGCGAGUGGGGUUUGCUGCGCGACUUCUUGCACGACAACGCCGCUCGCUUCAAUUACCGCCCUCGCCCUUGA